AUCUGGCUGAUUAUAUAGUCAUAAGGUGUACAUACAGCUGUCAUGUUGCAAUCAAUAACAGAUUGGCUAGGCACACUGUAAUAGCUAGCAGGUGCCUCCUCCCUAAAUAAGAUACUUGCGUCAAUAAAGCCCAUAGCAAUCAAAUGGUGGUUUUUAUCUUUCCAGCUUGGAACUCUGACCUGUUGCCAUUUAUGAUGUGAUCCUGAGAAUUGUUGCAGCAGAACAGGACAACUUCUUGGAUUCAUUCUUGCCUUGUGGAAGAAUGGAAGAAGCCGAACUGCUGAAAGAAAGAUUGCAGGCCAUCACGGACAAGAGGAAACUGCAAGAAGAAAUCACACAGAAACGCCUGAAAGUAGAAGAAGAAAAACUAAAACAUCAGCAUCUGAAGAAAAAAGCUCUGCGUGAAAAAUGGCUCUGGGAUGGAUUAAAUACUUUCAGUCCAAAAGAACAAGAAGAAAUGCAAAAACAGAGUCAAGAGGAUCAACAACAAAUGAGUGAGUUGGAAGAAAAUAUCCUCAGACUUGAGAAAGAAAUUGAAGAUCUUGAGAAAGAGGAACUGACAAUCUCAGCGAAAGAAAAGGCCAUAUUAAAGAAGCUUAAAUCAGUUGAAAGGACCACCGAGGACAUUAUAAAGUCUGUGAAGGUGGAAAGAAUAGAGACCAGAGAAGAACCUGCUGACUACAUAUAUGCCAAUAUCCCAGAUCUCCCCAAAUCUUUCAAACCAUCUGCACUUAAAAGGACGAAGCAUCUAGAAACAGAGGAAGAUGAAGAAAACCGAAAAGCCCUGUUUGCUAUGGAAAUUAAAGUUGAAAAAGAUAUGAAGACUGGGGAAAGCACAGUUUUAUCAACAAUACCCCUUCCAUCAGAUGAAUUUAAAGGUGCAGGAGUAAAAGUGUACGAUGAUGGCCGAAAGUCUGUCUAUGCAGUGUGUGCCAAUGGAAACAUCAAAACCAAUGAGGUGGAUGGCCUUGCACCUGUUGAGGUGGAGGACCUCUUAAGACAAGCAACUGAAAAACAGUCCAAGUCACCCACUGAAUAUCAUGAGCCAGUAUAUGCAAACCCAUUUUGCAGACCUACAACUCCUCAGAAUGAUAAGUCAACCCAGGGACUUAAUGGUGACAAAGGUGCUACUCCAAGUAAGAUGAACAGACUUGAUUGUUUUGUCGACGAAACAGCCAAUACCAAAGAAAAUGGUUUAGACCAUUCAAAGGACUGUCAGAAGAAUUCUCACUCCCCAGCUCUUCAGCAAACAGCAUCUGCUCUAUCAAUUAGCCCCCCAAAGAAGGUAGCAACAAAUAUUCAAAGAGAAGUUGUACAAGAAUCUGUGGAGCCAUAUCACAAGAUGAGGCAAGAUCCAAAAUUGAGAAACUCUGUCAACACUAAUGAAGGGCCUUCUUCUGUGACAUUAAAAGGUGAUGACGAGUCCAGUUAUAGUAUAGUCCAAGCAGUACCGUGCUAUGUAGAUGAUACAGAACCUGUUACAAUGAUCUUUAUGGGAUACCAGCAUGUGGAUGAUGAAGAACUGAAUAAAACUGUCUGUGGAUAUGAUGGGAUUAUCCAUGCAGAACUUGUUGUCAUAGAUGAUGAUGAAGAUGACGAAGAAGAAGUAGUAGUAAAAGAAGAAGACAGCAAUGAAGGCAAUAAAGUUGAGACACCCUUGUAUCAUCCAGUGGGUCCUUACAGCCAGGUCUACCAGCCACCCAGCCAGACAAGUGCAAUUCUACAAGGAAACUCCAGCAAAACUGCUGGUGACAAUAUGAACGACUCACCUUACAAAAAUUCCAUAUCACUCAAGGAACAAGAGGAGAGUUUAAGCCACUCUACCUACAACGGUCAACUCGAAAACCAGCAAGCAGGUGAUGGAACGGAAGAUCCUUCCUUAACAGCUCUGAGAAUGAGAAUGGCAAAACUGGGGAAAAGGGUGAUUUAACAUCUGUAGCGGAAUAAGGCUAAAUAUCUGGCUAUGUGAUAUGAACCAAAAGAAGAAUUCUCUGCAUUUUGGACCUGGGUGGCUUUUGCUUAUUCAAAUAUACAUAUAUAUAAAUAAUGGCACUUUAAAUGGACAAAUACUCGGACAGAGAUAGUUUGCCACUCCAGAUCCAUAACAGUUUAAAAAUGGCAUCCCUUUAAGAAUGACUGGUAAGAAUGAUAGGAAACUCCCCAUGUUAUGAUUUGUCCUAGGAACCUGGAAACCUAUCUUGGAAUGGAUAACAGAGAAUUUUGUUGCAUGAAAAUUCUUUCUUUCUCCUUCUUGACCACAUGGGCUGCUAUCGUAAGAGUGAGCAACUGUGGAAUACUAGGGGGCACAUCCGCCCUCCAAGAGAACCUACACACAGAGACAUCACACUUGCCCAUGCAGAAACAAAUAUCACCUGUUUACCUUGUCAUGCCCUCUUAGGGACAAGGGGUCAUUUUGACCAUGCUUUGACACCUUCUUGAGCUAUUUGAAGGCUUAAACCCAUUUUUGAAAAUUUUAGACCUCUGGGGAACUCAAGAAUAAUACCAAACAUGACGACACUGCCCACCACACCCCCUAAAGCAGUGAUUCUCAACAUGUGUGUCCCCAGGUGUUUUGGCCUACAACUCCCAGAAAUUUACCAGGUUGGGAUUUCUGGGAGUUGCAGGCCAAAACAUCAGGAGACCCAUGGGUUGAGAACCACUGACUUAAAGAAAUUUGGAGAGAUAUUCUGGGGUAAAGCUAUUUUACUUCCAUGGGGUGCAUGCAGCCAAGGAGUCACACAUUGCCCAUCUCUAUGCUAGAGUGUAACUCUUGCAUUUACUUGACCAUAUACCAACUCAUCAUGAUACUUAUAGUCAUUCACAAGGGUUAGGGUACAGAAAUCUCAAGAAAGUGAGAAACUAUAAAUAAAAAAACACUUGUCUAAGAUCUCAAGGGGCCCUUCUGCACAGCCCUAUAUCCCAGAAUAUCAAGGCAGAAAAUCCCACAAUAUCUGCUUUGAACUGGGUUAUCUCAGUCCACACUCAGAUAAUGUGGGAUUUCUUGCCUUUAUAUUCCGGGAUAUAGGGCUGUGUGGAAGAGCCCUAGAUCUUCCACUACCACUCUGCUGCCAACAUUUACUGGAAACUGCAAAAAUCAGAGCUGCAAACAUGGAGGUUUCAGAGUACAUUCCCUUACCUUAAACACCAGACAUGUUCUUUUUCCCAUUUGAUUCCUACUGGAUAAAUGGUGAAGGAAAUGUUAAGGAAAGAUCUGGUUAUUACAAACCCAAAGACAUGGGGAACUUCAUACUAGUAGCCAGCUUUAGUCAGAUCUUAUUCUUCCCCAAUUGGAUAUACCUUCCUGCUUCAAAACUCUUGCCUGCUAUGGAGAUGGAUGCAUGUAAUAUGUGUAGCACUAACUUGUUUUACUGAAGGCUAUGUUUCCAGUGUCAACCAGCUUCAUAUUAAUGAAGUACAUAUAUUUGCAAGCAGGGGAGAGCUAAAUGAAGCAACGUUUAGCUUUCAAAUUUUAUAUUUCUAAUUGUCUCAGGAAGUUUAGGCUCAUGUUGAGCUUUCUAUUUGUUCAACUGGGCCAUCCUAAGAGUUAACUGCUAUUAAACAUGAGCAAGAGCACCACACAGUGUCUCAAUAGUGGAAGUGGCAUUCCCAAUGCUUUGAUUUAUGUUGAAAUAAUACUAAGUACAACAACACUGCCCCUUUGCUGCAAAAGAAAGAAAUGACAAGUAACAUGAAAGAUGACAUGAAAGAUGGAUUUGCUGGAAAGUCCAGCCUCUAAAAUGUGUCAACAAUAUACCUUGUGAAGAAC